AUGCUUGUUCACGCGAGUGAGGCGAAUCGAGAGGAAGUGGAUGAUGCGAGAUGCAAGGAAGCCGUGAGUGAAAUACUGAAAAUGUGUGGCGGAUUGCCGCUUGCGCUGAACGUGGCGGGAACGAGCGUGAGGUACAUGAGGGAAAGAUGGCAGGGAGAAGUAUCUGAAGCAUGGGGGGCGUACCUUUCGAGGAUGAAGAGUCGUAACACGAUUCGUGGGGAGAGUCCGCAGGAUGGAUAUUCGUCGUUGGAUGGGACAUUACAUACGUCACUAGAUAUCCUGGAGUCGGAUGUGGGAAGGAGUGGGGAGACGGUUGAUGAAUUUUCGUUUCGAAAGAUGCACCGGAGUCUGUGCGUUAUGAAGAAGCAAGACCGGAUACCUUUGAGUUUGGUUGGAGAUUUGUGGGAGAUGGACGAGGAGCGGACGGAAAGGUGUGCAAAGCAGAUGGAAAGGGUUGGACUAGUAGAAGUGCAGUAUGAGAGGGGUUGUGGUGGGUUGCGGGUGCAUGAUCUGACGCACGAUUUCGCGGUGGAAGAAGCGAAGAAGAAAGAGGGUGUAGAAGAGUGGUAUAAGAAGAUGGCGGAUGUGUGCAGGGCAGGAGAAGGGUUGCUUGCGAUGAGUGAGGACCGAGACGGAGAGGAGAAGAGCGCACGGGAGGAGUAUGUUUUCGAGAAUAUAUAUCGUGUUUUGAAGCAGGGUGGGUGUGUAGAGGAGCUAAAGAGGCUAUUUUUGAGUGCGCGAUGGGUGAAGACAGUGAUACGGAGAGGCGGGGUUUGGCAAUACGAGGAAGCUGUGAAGGGAUUGAGUAGAGACUUGAAGGGGAAAAGAGGAAGCGGGAAGGUGGGAAUAGGACGGGGAGAUGAGGAUGCAGUGGAUGGAAUGGUUUUGAUGAUGCGGGCGGCGCGACUGAGUUUACCGUUUUGUGGUGAAAACAGUGCCGGGAUUUACUUUCAACUAUAUGGGCGAGUGAAGCACAAGGCACGGGAUUCAAGUUGUGUGCGAAAAAUGCUGGAGGAAAUUGAGAGAUACGCACCACGGCCGUGGUUACAGCCUGUGAGUGAGUGUGUAGCGCGAGCCGAUGGAAAGAUGGUGGAGCAGAUUGUUCUGCCACGUCACGGUACUGAAAUUCAAGUGGGCAUGGAUUCCAGUGGUGAAGUGUAUGGAUGUCAGGUGGAGGGGUACGGGGCAAAAGUAACAGUUUUCACGCAAUCUGCUGAGAAGGAGACGAAGAUGGUUGAAUUGGAAGGCGAGUUCGAAUUCGAAACGGAGAGCCAGGGCCCAGGGGCCAGUGAAACAAGCAGUCAAUUAGAAGGCGAGUUCGAAACGGAGAGCCAGGGCCCGGGGGAUCUUGAAGCAAGCUGGCGCAAAAUGUGUCGGCGUUUGAGGGCAUAUUUUGGAAUGUGCUUUGGAAGUUUAACCUCCGAAGUGACUGGAGAAAACCCGAGCGUGACUGUAGAAAACCCGAGCGUGACUGCAGAAAACCCGAGCGUGACAGGAGCCACCUGCGCAAUUCUCUGUGAGAGGAAGGAGAAUGUUGUUGUGGGAUAUGAUGACGGGACGUUAAGGCUGUGGAGUACGUCGGAGAGGAAAGUAUUGAGAAUUUUCCACGGUCACAAGUCGGACGUGUUUUGUGUUGCGAUGAGUGGGGACGGAAGACGUAUGGUAUCUGGAUCCCGGGACAAGAGCGUGCGGGUGUGGGACGUGGAGACGGGAGCACAAGUCGGGGAGGCGUUAGUUGGACACACGGGUGCAGUGGUUAGCGUUGCGAUGAGUGGGGACGGAAGACAUGUAGUAUCUGGAUCGGAAGACGAGAGCGUGCGGGUGUGGGACGUGGAGACGGGAGCACAAGUCGGGGAGGCGUUAGUUGGACACACGGAUCCGGUGCGUAGCGUUGCGAUGAGUGGGGACGGAAGACGUGUGGUAUCUGGAUCGGAUGACAAGAGCGUGCGGGUGUGGGACGUGGAGACGGGAGCACAAGUCGGGGAGGCGUUAGUUGGACACACGGAUUGGGUGCGUAGCGUUGCCAUGAGUGGGGACGGAAGACGUGUGGUAUCUGGAUCGGAUGACAUGAGCGUGCGGGUGUGGGACGUGGAGACGGGAGCACAAGUCGGGGAGGCGUUAGUUGGACACACGGGUUGGGUGGAGAGCGUUGCGAUGAGUGGGGACGGAAGACGUGUGGUAUCUGGAUCGGAUGACAAGAGCGUGCGGGUGUGGGACGUGGAGACGGGAGCACAAGUCGGGGAGGCGUUAGUUGGACACACGGAUCCGGUGCGUAGCGUUGCGAUGAGUGGGGACGGAAGACGUGUGGUAUCUGGAUCGGAUGACAAGAGCGUGCGGGUGUGGGACGUGGAGACGGGAGCACAAGUCGGGGAGGCGUUAGUUGGACACACGGAUCCGGUGCGUUAG